AUGACUAUCUUCACCACCGUCGCCGGCUUCUCGCUCUUCGGGCUCGCGGCGCGCGUCGGCCAGCUCGGCAUCCAGCGGCGCGGCCUUUUCGAAAACCCUGCGGGCCACGCUAUCGCUGUCGGCGUUUUCGGCGCCGCCGGCUACGCCCUCCACGGCAUGAACGAGCGGAACGAGGCCCUGCUCGUGAAGAAGCGUGCAGAGAUCGCGGCGCGGAGGGCAGCGGCUGCCGAGGAGGCGUCGUAG